AGACUCGCUUGGAUUCCUGAAAACAAGCGUAUUCACGAUCACUUUCUCCUGGAGACUAGCAUCUCACAAAGAUGGAAAGUGGGGGCGUCCAUCAUGGUAUUUAAGGAUCCCGAAAAUCUGGUUCCCUUUCCUUUUCUCUUCUCAAAACCACACUCCUUCGUCGGUUGUAAGUCACUCAUUCAUUCGCUACCUGCUUCGAGCAACCCACAUUCGUUCUUCAUUCAUCCACGAAAUAAUUACCAUACCUAAAAAGUACGACCUUCCAGUAAACCAAUAUAAUCAACACCAUGAACCCUCUGUCCUUCCUCCUCUUCGCCGUCACGGUCACCGCGAGCGCAGUCGCCAACAUGGGCCCCCCGAAGCCGGCCAAGACGCUCUCGCCCACGGUCCUCUCCGACUGCGGCUGCGAUGCCGUCGUCAACAUCGUCCAGAAGUGUCAAACGCUCGAUCCGCUCUCGUUCGACGAGGCUACAGACUGCAUCUGCGACCGCAGCGCCGGCUGGUACAGCGGUGGCAUGGGCUGCCGAGACUGCCUGACCCUGGCGUCCGACGGCGAUACGACCUCGGACGAGCAGCUGUUCUACGAGGCGUUCGGCAGCGCCAUCACGAGCAUCUUCGUUGCGUGCACCAACGCCGGCGCGAGCGUCAAGGUUGUCGAUGAGGACAGCGGGAAGGGGGUCUGUGGAUGGCACUCGGUGGGCGGGUGGGGAUGUGUCGGAUUCGAUGCGGAGAAGGGGACGGGUUGGGCUAGUGAGGUUACGGUCAACACCAAGGAGGUGAUAGUUGGAACUGCCGAGGUCGAGUUGGACGAGGUCGAGGGCGCGAAGUCGACCAAGACCUCGUCGGUUGCGAGCCCGAGCGGUGUUUCUGCCUCUGGCACUGCCGCUGCUUCGGCUUCGGCUUCCGGCACCGGUACCGCUGCCGCUUCUGCCGCUGCCAGCUCCGCCGCAGCGAAUGCGACGGCAUCUGGUGCUCCGCAGGAGACUAAUGCUCCCAACGGUGCUGCCGGGCUGAAGAGUUCGCUUGCGCUUGUGGGAGUCGUUGCACUGCUCAUUGCUGCUUUCUAGAUAGGCCAUAUUGUACUUAUAUUUGGGAGGGUUAAUCGUAAACGUAAUCAAAUGGUUGGAUGCUUUCGUGGGAUGCUGUUGCCAUAUUCUUUUGCGACGGUAUCGAGUAACAUCUCCUAUCAUCCCGUGAAAAUUCAGGCGCCAG